AUGUCUCUCAACGGGCUCAACAAUGUAGAAGUCACACAGGCCUAUCAGGGCGCCCUCGCCGAGGCCGGUGGUUGGUUUCUGCUCAGGUACACGUCCAGGGAUGCGGUUGAGGUGCUCAAGCGGGGGACCGGCGGUGCAGGAGAGGCGCGCGCAGCCGUCGCCCAGUACGACGAGACGUCACCGCUCUACGGCCUCUUGCUCUAUCGCCGCCGCAAGGUCCUGGUCAAAUAUGUGCCCGAGGGAACUUCGCGCCUGCUGCAAGCCCGUGUCGCCGUCCACUUCAUCAACAUUAGCGAAAAGUUUGCGCCCCACGACAUUGUCCUGCCAAUCUCCACGCCCGAAGAACUGAGCGAUGCCGCCCUCGCCUCGGCAUGCAGUCUGCACACGGCCGCCCCCUCGAGCUCCUCGUCGAGCGGCUCGUCGCGCCAGCCCAAGCUCAGCUGGAUCCAGGAAGCCGCCGACGAGGGAGGCCAUGCUGACCAUGCCGAGCAUGACGACAAGUCGGCCUGCCUCCAAGAGCACGCCACGCAGCCACGCAGCCACGCAGCCACAGCAAGCAGAGCAAGGCUACUAAUCAUAGCCAUAUCAUACUGA